GCAACACCUUGUAUCCAAAGCAGCAUAUAAUCCUGCACUGAUAUCAUAUUUUAAGGAUAUCUGCUGCUUCACGACCAGAUUAGAGUAGCAGCAGCAUAUCUAAAGAUGAAUGUGUUUACAGUUGCAAUUGUUCUGGUUCUUCUUUCUGUGGAUUCAUGCUUGGCUACCCACAUAAUUUAUCCUGAUGGAAGAACAGCAGCAUACUACGAGAGGAGGAAGCAAAAUUAUCAGGGCCAUUCAGUGAAUUUCAAUGUUAUGGAAUAUGGAGCAGUUGGUGAUGGUUCACGUGAUGAUAAUCUUGCCUUCUUCAACACAUGGAAAGCAGCAUGCAGAGCACCUUAUAAUGCAAUGGUAGUGGUGCCAAGCGGAUACAAUUUUUUAUUGAGUCCCAUCACAUUUUCAGGCCCUUGCAAAUCUCACAUUUCAGUCCAUAUUGCAGGGAAAAUAGUGGCUCCAAAGUCACCAUCUGCCUGGAAUAGGAAUGACAGGACUCUAUGGAUUCAAUUCUUAGGCGUCUCAGGCCUCACUAUAGAUGGUGGAGGCAUAAUAGAUGGCAAAGGCUAUAUAUGGUGGUCCAAAUCUUGUAAAGUGAACGACAAUUAUCCUUGCGUGCAAGCACCCACGGCAGUGUCUAUAGUGAAAUGCACAAAUGUUAUGGUGGCAAACUUGCAAUUUUGGAAUAGUCAACAAAUGCACCUUGCAUUAAUCUACUCCUCAGAAAUCCAAGUCAUGGGAAUAAAGAUAAGAGCUCCUAAGCAGAGCCCUAACACAGAUGGAAUUCAUCUCCAAGGAGCCAAGAAUGUCCAAAUAAGUAACUGUGACAUUGGAACAGGGGAUGAUUGUAUCUCCAUUGUAUCUGGAUCCUCCAAUGUUGAUAUUCAAAAGAUAACAUGCGGACCAGGCCAUGGCAUCAGCAUUGGGAGCCUAGGAAAAGAUGGGGAAGAAGCACAAGUGGAAAAAAUCGAUGUGCAUAACAUUGUAUUUACUGGAACAAAUAAUGGAGCAAGAAUCAAGACUUGGCAGGGAGGCUCUGGGUAUGCGAGAGAUGUUGUGUUUGAAGACAUAACGGUUCAAAAUGUUGAAAAUCCCAUAGUUAUAGAUCAGUAUUAUUGUGAUUCCCCUUCACCUUGUGGAAAUCAGAAUUCUGCAGUGAAAAUAGAAGAUGUGACCUUCAAAAACAUUAAAGGCACGUCCUCAAUGUCCAAGGCUGUAAGUUUAAUGUGCAGCAGGGCUGUGCCCUGCAAAGGAAUUGUAAUGAGAGAUAUUGAUAUAAAAUCAGUCAUGACUUCCCACACAAAGUCAGAGUGCAUUAAUGCUUUUGGCUUUGCUUCUGGAGAUAUCUAUCCAGCUAACUGCCUUAACAGGUAUUGACUGAAUAUCAAGUCAGGCUGCUACUUGUAUUUGUAAUGCUCAAAAUAAAAAAUCAUGUACCAAUUUUAAUAAAGCAUAGAAAUAUUGAUCCAUA